AUGGAGACCACCGCUGAGUCCAUUUUGGGCACCUUUCGGCGAUUUCAAGCCAACCAACCCCUCUUGGAUGCAAUAAAGAAAUCAUCUAGAUAUGCACGAAUCAUUAGGGAACUAUAUAGGUUGCAAAAAGAAUCAAGGGCAACUAUGAAUGGACAAGUGCGGUUGACUGAGCAUUGGAGUUCCAUGUCACAAAGUCAUCUCCCACCUAAACUAAAAGACCCCAGCUCCCCCAUUAUCUCUUGUGUGAUUGGUGAUUAUGCCAUUAAAGUGGCUCUUUUAGAUCUAAGGGCAAGUGUGAACAUCCUCCCAUACUCAGCUUAUCAGCAACUUAAUAUUGGAAAGCUACAACCCACUCAGGUCACAUUGAGUUUAACUGACCAAUCCCUUAAGAAACCUAGGGUUGUAGUAGAGGAUGUCAUAGUCAUAGUUGGAGAAUUCCCUUACUCGAUUGACUUCAUUAUUCUAGAUAUGGAAUCCUCCACAAAUCCAAUCCUUGUCCUUUUGGGUCGACCAUUCCUAUCCACGGUUAACGCCUGCAUUCAAUGUAGGACAGAGAUUAUGGACAUCUCAUGGGGCCAUAAGCAACAUAGGCUAAAUAUAUUUAAUGCCUCUCAAUAUCCACUAAGUACCAUCCAAGUUGUGGACAAAGCCGUAAUGGAUAAAUUUUUUAGAGAAGCAACUCCUUCAAUGCUGUGA